AUGCCUUUUCGAUCAGUCAACCUUGGUUCUGUCCGUCACCCCGGAGGUUCUUUUGCGCUUAUCAAAUGGGACAAGAACGAAGUGUGUGCCUUGCCGGAAUUUGAGAAUGCCCUAUCUAUCGUUGCCAGACAUCCUAACAUACACACACUGCGGAUGCUGAAUCUUCCCAACAUCCAAUACAGUUCACCAGUCAAUCCCAUGUCCAUCUGGAAGUCCAUCUCCGACGACGACGCUAUGAAGUGUCAGGCUCUGAUGGGGAAGUUCGCCGAGGAGGUCUUCCGGUUCUUAGCCAACUGCAAUAGCACUGUGCAGUUCAUCGACAUUAACCCACUUCUAUUACCCCCAACGCCACCAAAAUGGGACGACAAUGAUCACCAAUGGCCCUUAUAUGCUUAUACAGCCCACACGACCAGCCUCGAGGGACACACGAUUAGCUGGGCGAAGCCAUGCAAGCUAAACUUCGCAAUCAAAAUGCUGAGGUAGACGAAUAGGGAAGCAUUACUGUAGAGCUUUACAUACCAGCUGACAGGGCCAGCGAUGGCCUGGCGUUCACUUGGGAUCUCCAGCAGCUUUCUUUCAGAGCCGUCUCUUCAGACUGUGGCACCCAGCCGCUCGUAAUUUCUUACCAAAAACUUAGACCCAGAAUGAGACACUCACAUGCCUGUCGUUUCUAGCACAAAAU